UCUUUCCCCUAGGAGGCUGAGGAACAGAUGACGUCGUUUAACAAUUUCAGCACCAUGGACAGAUCAACACUGCCAUCCACGCAAAGCCCACCAAACAUAAUCAGCAUGGGCAUAGCAUAAUUAAUCUAUGAUAUAGCUAUGUAUCAAUAUAGCCUAUUUAUGAGUACAAUGUUUACAUAGCCUGUAUUUUCUAUUUCUUACAGCAUAGCGGUAAGAGAGAGCACACAAAGCCUAGGGCGCAAUUCUGUCGAUGUAGAUCGCCGCUGAGUGGUGCAUGCGCGUCAGUGCAAGGAUCCCCUAGCGUAUUCUGAGAAGAGAUCAUCCCUCGGUGCUGCGUGGUAGAGAGUUGAAUAUAGCUGUAGAGGAGAGUGAGAAGAGGAGAAGCGUUCUGUGUAGAGGGGACACCGGGAAAGCGUAAUCAAUGAGGGUGCAAGCAACAUUUAUAAAGAAGUCGGAUUCCAAACGUUGAAACACCCUCAUAACGGAAGGGUGAUAAAGGGGGGACAAGCGCUCGGUUCCGAGGGAGAACGCUUUCCCUCAUUUGUUUCUACUACGAAGGAGCGACCGACUCCCUUGCAAUCAUGGGGAACCGGGGGAUGGAAGACCUUAUUCCUCUUGUGAAUAAAAUGCAAGAUGCCUUCUCGGCCAUCGGUCAAAAUUCCCAGUUGGAUCUGCCUCAAAUCGCUGUGGUCGGCGGGCAGAGUGCAGGGAAAAGCUCGGUGUUGGAGAACUUCGUUGGGAAAGAUUUUCUUCCCCGUGGCUCUGGCAUUGUCACCCGCCGUCCCUUGGUCCUCCAGCUGAUCAACUGUCCCACAGAAUAUGCUGAGUUCCUUCACUGUAAGGGGAAGAAGUUCACAGACUUCGAUGAGGUUCGUGGGGAGAUCGAGGCGGAGACGGAUCGCAUCACUGGGCAGAAUAAGGGAAUCUCACCUGUGCCAAUAAAUCUCAGGGUCUACUCCCCACAUGUCCUGAAUCUGACUCUGGUGGACUUGCCAGGGAUGACCAAGGUCCCAGUAGGGGACCAGCCUGUGGACAUUGAGCAGCAGAUCAGAGACAUGUUGUAUCAGUUUGUGACCAAGGACAACUGUCUGCUGCUGGCUGUUUCCCCGGCCAACUCUGACCUGGCCAACUCGGAUGCCCUGAAGAUUGCCAAAGAAGUGGACCCACAGGGUCAGCGAACCAUUGGUGUGAUCACCAAGCUGGAUCUGAUGGAUGAGGGGACUGACGCCAGAGAAAUUCUGGAAAAUAAGCUGCUCCCACUGCGAAGAGGUUACAUUGGUGUGGUGAACAGGAGUCAGAAGGACAUAGAUGGGAAGAAGGACAUCACAGCGGCUAUGGCAGCAGAGAGGAAGUUCUUCCUGACCCAUCCUGGAUACAGACACCUGGCUGAACGCAUGGGCACUCCCUACCUACAGAAAACACUCAACCAGCAACUGACCAAUCACAUCCGGGACACUCUGCCAGGGCUGCGGGCCAAGCUGCAGAGCCAGCUGCUGUCUAUAGAGAAGGAGGUGGAGGAGUACAAGAACUUCAGACCUGACGACCCCUCCCGCAAGACCAAGGCCCUGCUGCAGAUGGUGCAGCAGUUCUCAGUAGACUUUGAGAAGCGUAUCGAGGGCUCUGGGGAUCAGAUCGACACAGCAGAGCUGUCAGGCGGAGCCAAGAUCAACCGCAUCUUCCACGAGCGCUUCCCCUUCGAGCUGGUCAAGAUGGAGUUUAACGAAAAGGAGCUUCGCAAGGAGAUCAGCUACGCCAUUAAGAACAUCCACGGCAUUAGAACUGGCCUCUUCACCCCGGACAUGGCCUUUGAGACCAUUGUGAAAAGGCAGAUCGGCAAGAUCAAAGAGCCCUGCCAGAAAUGUGUGGACAUGGUCAUUUCUGAGCUAGUCAAUACCGUUAGGCAGUGUACUCAGAAGCUGGCUCAGUACCCCAUGCUGAGGGAGGAGAUGGACAAGAUUGUCACCCAGCAUAUCCGAGACCGCGAGAGUCGCACCAAGGACCAGGUGAUGCUGCUGAUUGACAUUGAGCUGGCCUACAUGAACACCAACCAUGAGGACUUCAUUGGCUUUGCCAAUGCUCAGCAGAGGAGCAGCCAGGUGGCCCAGAAGAAGCAACCUGGCAACAAGGAUGAAAUCAUGGUGAUCAGGAAGGGCUGGCUGACCAUCAACAACAUUGGCAUCAUGAAGGGAGGAGCCAAAGAGUACUGGUUCGUCCUGACCGCUGAGUCCCUGUCCUGGUACAAGGAUGAUGAGGAGAAAGAGAAGAAGUACAUGCUCCAAGUGGACAACCUGAGGCUGAGGGAUGUGGAGAAGAGCUUCAUGUCGAGCAAGCAGAUAUUCGCCCUGUUCAACACUGAGCAAAGGAAUGUGUAUAAGGACUACCGUCAGCUGGAGUUGGCCUGCGAGACUCAGGACGACAUAGAUGGGUGGAAGGCCUCCUUCCUUAGAGCCGGGGUGUAUCCUGAACGCGUCACGGAAAAGGAGGGCAAGCAGAGUGAAAGUGGAGACGGAGAGAACGGCUCAGAUAACUUCAUGCACUCCAUGGACCCCCAGCUGGAGAGGCAGGUGGAGACCAUCCGCAACCUGGUGGACUCCUACAUGGCCAUCGUCAACAAGACCAUCAGGGACCUCAUGCCCAAGACCAUCAUGUACCUCAUGAUCAACAACACCAAGGAGUUCAUCAACGCGGAGCUGCUGGCCAACCUGUACCACUCUGGGGACCAGAACAGCCUGAUGGAGGAGUCCCAGGAGCAGGCCCAUCACCGCGACGAGAUGCUCCGCAUGUACCACGCCCUGAGGGAGGCCCUAAACAUCAUCGGUGACAUCAGCACUACCACUGUCACCACCGCCAUGCCACCGCCUGUAGACGACUCCUGGCUGAGGCCGGGGGGAAACAACUCCGGGGGCAGGUCCCCAGCCAGCAGUCCCACUCCGAACAGAAGGGCUCCCCCAGGUCCCCCUGGUCGCCCUGUCUCCCGUGGCUCAGCCCCUGGUCUCCCUCCUGGCCCCCCUGUCCCCUCUCGCCCAGGGGCCUCCCCGGACCCUUUCGGUGGGCCCCCCCCAUCAGUCCCCUCCCGGCCAAACCGCGCACCCCCCGGUGUGCCCAGCCGAAGACCCCCGCCCUCACCAACCCACUAGACUACUGAGCCCCCUUCCCCUCCGACUCACCACCUACCCCACGGCAGAGAGACCAAGGACUGCAGAGCAACCUUCCUUACCUAGACCUGACCCUUCUUUCUCCUCUCCCUUCUCUACUAAAUGACACAGUCACGUCACACACACGCACAAACCCACAGACAGACAGACAGACACAUUGUAUACCCCCAAUACAGAGAAAUGCAUUCACCCUCCACUGUAUAUUAAGGACCAUUGUAGAUAAGAAUUCGAACACAUUUACACACACUCAGACACACACAUUUACAUGUGUAAGUAGUCACACACUUAAACGGACAGGGCAGUGUAUGCGUGGGUGGAUUCAGCAAAUAUGGACGAGAGGGUUAAGGAAUGCUAUGCUGAAAUAUUUUUUCUUUCUCACCCUCCCCUUCAGAUGGGUAUUUCUGGUUGCUGACUUUCUUUCUUCCUCUCAUAUCUGAAUUAUAUUUUUUUCUCUGAUAAUUUGGGAUAUUGAUAAUGAUCUUUUUUGUUCUGGUUGACAUGUUAUUCUAUGUGUCGAAUCUCUCUCGGGAGUAGAUGCAUUAUCCAUCUAUCUAGGAAAGUGGAGUGGAUCAGAAGGGAUAACUGCAUCUGAACAACAGCUUUCUUUUUGUUGUCUUCUGCUAUGAUCAUCAUGAUCCAUACUGGUCCCUAAAGUCACAGGCUCGGACAAACCUGACAUAGAUGGGCAAGGGCCCUUUUAGUCGGAAAAACACCCAAAGAGAAAAUAUAUACAUUAAUGGUACUGACUCUCAUGUGUCACAAUGUGAUAUCUAUAUCUGUGAUUUCUAUGUAUUAUUUAUGAUACACUGAUUCAUGUGUCCUAUUAUAUCUAACAUCACGACAGUGUUUCCUCGCCUCUGAGUUUGGGGACAUUUUCUCUCGUUAUGUUUCAUUCACUUGUUCAUCCUUGACUUAAUCUGGCUUCAUUAUGUCCUCUUUCCUAUCUGUUUCUACUUUUCUAUUUUUAUUGAAUAGCGGGCCAUGCAAGGGUGGGCCCUCACCCGAGAGCCCACUGCCUCCUUUUGACUCCUAGAAGCCCCCUUUUUUGCCCCUUGGGACCCCCUGACACCCAUCUCUUCUCUAACACUCCCCCCUUUCCACCACUCAGCCCCUACAUGUGAAUCCACACUAUCCUUCACACCCAACACACACACCAAUCAGAGAUCUCAGCAGCUCUUCACAACAGCCUCCCUCAAAGUAAGUGGAGGGGGGAGCAAGAGAGAGGAAAAAUAAACGCGAACCCCGCCCUCUCAGUGGCCAUACCAUUCUUGUUCAUGGAUAGAAAAAUAAAAGAUCUCUUCCUCCCCCUCAGUAGGAGUGAGGGUGAAGAGAACGUGUGGAACGUUCUGCAUCUGUGUCCAUGUCCUACCUUCUGUAGCCACCAGGCCUUGCGUCACUGUGAAGGCCCAUUCUUAUGUGAUGUGAUAACCAUGAUGAUGAUGUAUUCCUGUGUCUGCAAUGAUACAACGAUUGUUCAGGUGUUCAGACUAACUGUGAUCUGGUCACAGGAGGCUGGUGGCACCUUAAUUGGGGAGGACGGGCAAGGACAUGGUUUCCAUGGGUUUGAUGCCAUUCCAUUCGCUCCGUUGAUCAUUAUGAGCCGUCCUCCCCUCAGCAGCCUCCUGUGGAUCUGGUGUAGAUCGGUGUAAAAUCCUCCUUGACCAGCUCCCUAAGGCACAUUUGAAGACAUGUUUCUCUCUGUGCUUCAGUCUCUGUACUCAUGCCACGAGUGCUGAGGGGGACGGGGGACGGGGGUUGUGAACUAGAGGGUCUCCUGCUAAAACCUCCUCCUCUCCCACUUGUCAAUGAACCACUUCACCAAUGAACCACUUCCCCACUAGUAAAACUCAGUACCUUAGCGAGGCGGGAUCUAAAUAGAAAGUGCAAUAUGUUCUUAUUGGACGGCUUAAUGAGAGCUGUCCACCAAUCACACCAGACUCAGAGUAGCUGCUCAGCCUGAGAGGAGGCAAGGAGGGAGACAAGGCCCUAACGGUUCGUCUCAAUACUGUUACAUGGCAUCCUUUCUCCUUUCCUCCCAAGGAAAGCUCAAACAUUGAAGUUGUCAGGAAGACCAUUUAUAAGUGUUGCCAGUCCAAGAUUAGAUUUUUUGACCCUGAAAGUGUUUCCAAGAGCAGUGACCCUAACAGGAGAACGUGUGUUGAAUAUCAUUGGAACUGUGUAAUAAGUGUUGGGGCGGGGGACACUGAUUUUGGCAUGGCUUAUCAACUUUUUCCUUUUCUUUUCUGUUCUUCCCUUUUUUCUUUCUUCCCUC